AUGAGCGAUUCUGAAAAAUUGGAUAUAAAAUUGCCGCAAUUCGGUGAAAUUAUUAGGACGAAAAAAUCAAACUAUCAGACUAUAAGACUACUUGGAAAAGGCGGAUUUGGAGCAGUCUACGAAAUGAUACGCAUGAGUGAUGGUGCUGCCUUCGCUAUGAAAUGUGAGCUAAUCGGAUCCAAGAAAAGAGUUCUGAUAAUGGACUACAAAGUUCUACGAGGUGCUCAAUCGCAUGGAAGCAAACAUUUUUGUGAAAUAAUCGAGAAAGGCAGAUUUAACGAUCGAUUUAGAUUUUUAAUUAUGAAAAUGGUGGGAAGUAACUUGUGGGAAUUGAGGGUUAAACAACCACAUCAACGAUUCACCUUAAAUACAUCGCUUAAAGUAGCUGAACAAUGUCUUGAAGCGAUCGAACACUUGCAUGAAACCGGAUUUCUUCAUCGAGACAUAAAACCUGGAAAUUUUGCAAUUGGAAGAGUUGAAGUGAAUGAGCAUCAUACGAUUUUUAUGCUUGAUUUCGGCUUGUGCCGACAAUUCAGUGUGGGCGGUAAAGAUUUACGUUUGCCACGGAUUUCUGCACCUUUUCGAGGCACAACACGCUAUGCAUCAAUCGCUGCAUUAAAACAUGCUGAACAAUCGAGAAAGGAUGAUGUAGAGUCAUGGCUUUACGUAGUCGUCGAAUGGACAGCCGGUUCAUUACCAUGGCGUAAACUUCGAGUUUGUCCUUCAAAAUUCUGUACAAAUGUAAAUACUCAGGGCACUGAAAAACGUGAAAUUCUACAGUGGAAAGAAGAAGUACGUAGUGGAAAAGCGCUAGACGAUUUCUUCAAAAAUUGCCCGAAGAAAGAAUUUUCCGCCAUCAUGAAAUAUAUCGACUCACUUGAAUAUUAUAGCAUACCUGACUAUAAUCACAUAUAUUAUUGCAUACAACAUGCCGCUAAGGCGAAUAAUAUUGCACCAGAUGAACCAUUAGACUGGGACCCUGAACAUAAAUAUCGUAGCCCAAUGACUCACGCAAAAAACUGUUCAAAAAAUGAAAUUAUAUGA